AUGGAGUCCCAACCUCACAAGAAUCGAAGCAAGCGCAAGAGUAAGAGCAGUACACCAUCCGCGAAUGGAUCUGACCCGGCACCGUUGGAUCUCGCCUCCAAAGUCUCCUUAACCGGGGGGGCUUCCGGAACGGCUCUAGAAGUCUCACUAUCACACGAUGAUGCUGCGUCAUUAGCUUGCAAAAGUCUGGGAUCGGGAUUGUACGGAACUCGCGCAACGCAAAGCCUUGCCUCCUCCCUCCACCGCAAGCGCCUCUUUCCGUCCGCCCAGGCGUCCUCACGAUCCCAACGAACGGUACCUGGUUCGGUAGCGAGUCGGAAGUCUUCCCAGUAUUCGCAAAAAUCCCGAUUUUCUCGAGCCUCGGGUACCCCAGCUCACCAACGAGCGCGGUAUCACGGAAUGCAGACGCAGACCAAGGCCACAGCGCACAUCGUGUGCGCUGUGGCGGAAAACUUGGCCCGGGAAACCUGCGUUGCUUCCCUGGACGCCGGCGCACCAACCGUACUACACGCUACGAAACAAGGCAACGGACAAACCUACGCAGAGACCUUGGCGUACUUGGAACUGCUGCAACCGGACGAAGUUUUGUUGAACGAAGGUCGCCAAACGUCACAAUUGGCCCGGAAAAUCCUCGAACUGUACAGUGUCACAACGACUACCGCAAACGCUGACAACGGAAGUGCCGUCCUACGAGACAAAACCAACGGCCGGAACAUUGCUCAGCGACGUCGGCAACGAAAUUUAUGGAAAACCGGCACAAUGGCCAGCAUCAACGAAGACAAGCACUACAAUCAAAGCAGCGUUGAAGAGAGCGACGAAUACGGCGACAGCGUAAGACAUACACGAAAGCAGGUCAUGGUCAAGUUUAUUUCGCGUGUCUGCUUUGAUCAAACAAAGGGAGCCGAGCUUUUGCGUGUUGUAGCGCGCGAAGAGACGUACGACGCCAAGCUUGUGGAGGACUACAUACUAUUGUCAUCGGCCAAUGCCGUCUUGCGCUAUACACAGCAACAUUUGGGAGCAUGCUUGACCCGAAACAGCUUAAAUUUGCACAUUAAUGCUGGAGGAAAUCAUCGCAUGGCUAUCGAUCGUUCAACUCUCUUACAACUCGAGUUGCUCAUGAAUGCGAAAACCGGAAAGUUGAAGGAUUCGCUGGUGGGUUCCAUUGAUUGUACCAAAACAACAGUAGGAAGUCGGUUGUUGCGCACCAAUCUCAUGUCGCCACCAACACAAAUUGCCACCAUUCACGCCCGACAAGAACUUGUUGACACGUUCCUUGGCAAUGAAGCUUUCUUUUACGAUGUGAUGGAGCAUUUGAUGAAUUUGCCAGAUGUCGACCGAAUGUUGAACCAUAUUGCCCUGGUACCGCGCCUCGAUUGUAAAGACAUGGGCAUGGAUGGCCAUCAACGACAGCGUCCCGCCGUUUCUCAGCGGUUAGCAAGCAAGGGAAUCUCUGCAUUGGUGGCUAUCAAAUCGACACUAAAAGCCUUGCCAGCCCUUGUACAGAUAUUGAAGAAUCAGCUCGAAAGCACCACCGGAGCUAUGAGGCAAACCGAGAAAGAAAUCUCCACCGUACAGCAGAUCAAUUCUCCAAAUGAUGAGGACGAAAAUACUACAAUUGUGACAGAUAGGUCGAGUCUAUUGAUCGGUUUGGGUGGUUGUAACUCAUCGAGCCUUCAUUCAGCACACACGAUAGAGAGUCGGAGAUACUCCAGUCAUUUGCUACGUGCCAUUAUCUUUUCAUUGAAUCAGCCAGCUUUUAACGAAGUCCACAAAGCUAUUCUGGAUGUUUUCACCGAAAGUACCGCUUACACUCGGAACCCUAACGCAAUGCGCCAUCAAGAAUGCUUUGCGCUGAGGUGUGAGUCUGACGGAAUGAUGGGAAUUCUACGUAAGGCAUUCUUGGCUAAUGUUGAUGAUAUUUACCGAAAGGCAGACGAAUAUGCAGAAGUAUACGGAAUGCAGGUAAAAGUCAAGUACACGGCUAGCCGCGGCUACUUUUUGGCAGUACCAUCGGAUAUUGGUACUGAUCUCCCACUUGUUUUUACACAGCCCACUCUUUUGGGUCGCCACAUACACUGCACGACAGAGGAGAUUGCAAGCUUUAAUACAAGAGCCCAAGACAACGUCCAAGAUAUCUUGCUCAUGACACACGAUAAAAUUCAGGAAGUGCUCAAUAUUGGUCGUCAAUAUUUCGACGCUUUUGCUGCAUUGUCUGAUGCAAUUGCCUUGCUGGACUUGUGUCACGGUUUUGCCGAUCACGUCACGCUCAGCGAGUCGCCUUGGUGCCGACCUGUGCUUUCUGAAAAGGCAAUCUGUUCCGAAGAAGGAUCUACUGAUUCGGAAUGUACAAUGAUGAUUCGAAGCGGACGAUACGCUAUCGCGAUAGAGGGCCAUGGUUUAGAAUCAGCAGAUGGUUCAAGCGGAUAUAUUCCGAACGAUACGUUUGCCUCAGACGCAAAGCCAUUUACGCUGAUAACUGGCAUCAAUGGCAGCGGAAAGAGUACAUAUCUCAAACAGAUCGCAAUCUGCACUGUUCUAGCGCACUGUGGUAGCUAUGUUCCUGCCGAACAAGCGUGUAUUCCAAUCCGGGAUCUAAUAUGUUCUCGCAUCGGCAACACAGACGACCAAGAGCACAAUAUCUCAACUUUCAUGUUGGAAAUGAAAGAGACUGCCUUUAUUUGCAAUCAUGCUACCGAAAGAUCCCUCAUUCUUAUUGAUGAGCUCGGGCGUGCCACUAGCAACGAAGAUGGCGUUGCCAUCGCUUGGUCAAUUGCUGAAUAUCUGUUAAAGAAAGGAGCGAUGACUUUUUUUGCCACUCAUUACCCUCAACUCUGUCGCCUGGGAGAUGUCUAUUUGAAAGUACAGAAUGUCCAUUUGGAGGCAUCAGUGAGCAACGGUGAAAGAUCGCAGAUCUAUUACACCCAUCGGGUUGUGUCUGGAACUUGUGCCGUCUCAACAGAUUACGGGGUUGAGCUGGCAAGCGUUUGCGGCUGGCCACAAGAAGUCGUAACAGCAGCUAAGACAAUUCACAAAGAUGUGGAAUCAUUGCUGCCUGACGAAUCAAUUUGCAACUCUGAACAAGCCAAUCAUUAUCCGUUUGCUGAAGCGAUGCUAGCUAUCCGCACCAUCGCAUCACAGAUUAAAGGAUACGUUGCCCACAAUAAAGCUCAGCCAUAUGAAAGUAUUCGCCGAGAGCUUGAUGAGCUCCACCGUAGCUGCGUCAAAUACAGCCACAAGGAUCUUGCCGAGCUAAUUGAAAGGAUGCUUAUCAGUAGUCCCUCACAUACACAGCAAGAUUCUAUUGGGAUCAUUCCUUCGCUUCCCGUAAGGGCACCAAAAGCUGCCCUCAAAGACCGUAAGAUCCAAAAUGCAAAUAUGAUCUUCACAUCCGAUCGCAACGGAAGCGGCACUUUUGAUCUUCCCCUUGCCUCCACGCCUGCCAAUGGCAACCUUGAAAAACUUGGCGAAACAGAGGAUAACGACAAUUCCAGCUUGAGCUCUUCGUCGACAAGCUCUGAUUCUUCAAGCAGCAAUUCGUCAGCAUCGUCAGUUGCUGCGUUUGAGGGUUCACUUUGAGAAAUGAGACACCGUUUCGAACGGGGCCAAGUUGAAUUGGGAACGGAUACUAUAUCUCGCUGUGUUUUGUUUUCUUACGUUGACUGCAAAACCACUGAUAAUAGAUAGCUUUGUCGUAAAUUCCUGACUUAGCAUUCUGUAUACACAUCCUCCAGCACGCAAAACUUGGAAUAAAAAGC